AUGAUCACCUUCAUAACUGUUCCCCUGUCCCUCAUCACCAUCACAGGUAACGUCCUGGUCAUGAUCUCCUUUCGGGUCAACCCACUCCUGAGGACAGUGAGCAACUACUUUCUCUUAAGCUUGGCAGUGGCUGAUGUCAUUUUGGGCUCCAUCUCGAUGAACCUCUAUACCACGUACAUCUUGCUUAACGGGUGGACUUUAGGCAAUCUUGCCUGUGAUGUGUGGUUGGCUGUGGACUAUGUGGCAAGCAACGCCUCUGUUAUGAACCUGCUGGCCAUCAGUAUUGACCGCUACCUUUCUGUCAUGCGACCUCUGACCUAUCGGGCUAAAAGAACCCCCAAAAGAGCCAUGAUAAUGAUUUCUCUAGCAUGGACCAUCUCGUUUGUGAUUUGGGCUCCAGCUAUUUUAUUCUGGCAGUAUAUAGUUGGGGAACGGACUGUUCAGGAAUACGAGUGUUCAAUACAGUUUCUGUCAGAGCCUGUGAUCACCUUUGGAACAGCCAUUGCUGCAUUUUACCUGCCAGUGAGUGUAAUGGUGGCAUUGUACUGGCGUGUGUAUCGUGAGACAGAGAAGCGCUCUCAGAAGCUGGCUGGACUGAUGGCGUCACAGGGAGGACGCACUGGAAACGCAUCUCAGAGAUCGUGUCAGAGCAGUUCUCGCAGUAAUGAAGAUGUCAGACCACAAACAGACCAGCAGCAGCAGCUCAGGAACGAACAGAGGCCUGUCUGUCCAAGCUUCACCCAUCGAACAGCAGCCUGGUGGAAGAAACGAAGGGAAAGGGAAGACAUUUCCAACUCAAACGCUACAAACAACCAUCCACAAGUGGACUUGAUUUCUUCAAGAACAGACCACAAUAACAAAUACAUCCCACUAGUUGGAAUGGAUAAGUCUGCGGCUAAUAAACCUCACAAUGCCACCAUGAGCAGCAGCGAUCAGUCAGAAAGUCAGAAUUCCCUUAUGAAUCCUGCAACCGCACAAGCUUCUGCUCUAUCACUGAACGCAGGUCAGCGGAGCAGAAAAGCCCGCACCUCAUCUCUAAUCAAGGAGAAGAAAGCAGCCCGGACCCUCAGUGCCAUUCUUCUGGCUUUCAUUGUAACAUGGACACCAUAUAACAUCAUGGUUCUGGUGUCCACUUUCUGUGACAAUUGUGUUCCUGAGAGACUUUGGAAACUGGGAUACUGGCUCUGCUAUGUUAACAGCACAGUCAAUCCGCUCUGCUACGCGCUCUGUAACAAACACUUCCGGGUCACGUUUAGGGCACUGCUGCUCUGUAGGUGGAAGGAACAUAAGAAGGGUAUCAGGUGGACCCCGAAUGGAAAUGCCUGA